CGCGCCGUUGAUAGGCGUCAAGUAUUUCAUAACCUACCGUACAAGACACGAGUCCAAGAACAAAAUGUGCGCUUUCUUCAACUCGACACACUUCAAGCGCGCACUGCUGCUUCUUCUUUUAAUGAUAGUUGCGACUUACAGCAAAUUCUGUGUAGAGGACGAAUGCAGCACUCAAAGAUGGCACCUAUACAAGAUUGAAUACAACAAGCAAUACAAUACGAAGCUCGAAGACGCUCACCGUCGCAUAAUAUUUUGCAAAAACUUACGCAUGAUAGAUGCCCACAAUGAGCGUUAUAAGAGGGGUGAAGUGACUUUUGAGAUGGGCAUUAAUCAGUUUGCCGACAUGAGUCAUGAAGAAUUUCUCCGCUGGCUGCAUACUGGCAGUAGAGAUAACAACAGUAUAAUUUCAAGUCUAUAGAUCAGUAUUGUAGUGUAUGUCGGGCUAGCUAGAAACCUACUAAGUAAGCCUAUAAUUAUUCUAGAGUGUUUAUGCAAUAAAUAAACAUGAAUAAACAUUUAUGAUUGAUAUAUGAA